CGCGUGUAGUGCGUCAGUAUUGCUCUACUGGGCCCGCCGUCGCCGCAGUCAGCAUGGUGUCGUGUGUCCCCCGCGCCCCCGCGCUGCUGCUGGCGCUAGCCCUCCUGGCCGGGGGGGGCAACGCCGCGCGCAUCCUGUGCUACUUCCCCGUGCCGUCCAUCAGCCACCAGGUGGUGUUCCGGCCGCUCACGCAGGAGCUGGCGCGGCGCGGGCACCAGGUGACCGUGCUCACCCCCGACCCCGCCUUCCCCCCCGGCGCCGCGCCCGCCAACCUCACCGAGGUCGACUUCCACGACCGCUCCUACGAGCUGUGGCGCGAGGCCUUCGUCAAAGAGAUCACCGGCAACUCCAAGAAGUCUUUCAACGCGCUGAAGAGCGGGUUCAGCGCGAUCAUCGACGUGAUCGACUACCAGCUGGGCACGGCGGAGAUGCGGCGCGCGCUGGCCGCCGGCCCCUACGACCUCGUGUUCACGGAGGCGCUCGCGCGGCCCGCGCUCGUGCUCGGACACAUCUUCGACGCGCCCGUCAUUCAGAUCAGCUCGUUCGGUGCUCUGCCUCCCAGUUUCCAAGUUUUUGGCGCACCCUCCCACCCGAUUCUUUAUCCAGAGCUGUCGCGAAAGAGGCUGUACAAUUUGUCGCUUUGGGAGAAGAUCGAGGGUAUCUACGAGGACCUGUCGCUGCACUGGCUGCAGUGGCAGCUGCAGGCGGCGGAGGACGCGGUGCUGGCGCGGCACGUGCCGGGGGCGCCGCGCGUAGCGGAGCUGGGCGCGCGCGCGCAGCUGCUGUUCCUCAACGUGCACCGCGUGUUCGACGGCAACCGCCCCGCGCCGCCCGGCGUCGUGUACCUCGGCGGCCUGCACCAGAAGCCGCCGCAGGAGUUGCCAUCGGACAUCAAAUCGUACCUGGACAGCUCGAAGCACGGCGUGAUCUACAUGAGUUUCGGCACGAACGUGUCCCCGUCGCGGCUGCCGGCGGCGAGCAUCCAGCUGUUCAACCGCGUGUUCGCCGCGCUGCCCUACGACGUGCUGUGGAAGUGGGACCAGGACGAGAUGCCGGGGAAGGCCGACAACGUCCGGAUCUCCAAGUGGCUGCCGCAAGCUGAUUUGUUAAGGCACCCGAAGGUGGUGCUGUUCAUCACGCAGGCGGGGCUGCAGUCCACGGACGAGGCCAUCACCGCCGGGGUGCCGCUGCUGGCCUUCCCCAUGCUCGGGGACCAGUGGUACAACGCGGAGAAGUACGAGCACCUGCACAUCGGGCUCAAGCGUGAGCUCGCUGCCCUCACCGACGAGCUACUCGCCGCCUCCAUACACACGCUCAUCCACGACGACUCCUACCGUGCCAGCAUCAAACGCCUGGGCGCGGUGGUGUCGGACCAGCCGCAGUCCCCGCUGGAGCGCGCCGUGUGGUGGACCGAGCACGCGCUGCGCCACCGCGGGGCCGCCCACCUCCGCGCGCCCGCCGCCGGCGUCUCCUGGGCAGAGUUCCUCAUGCUCGACGUACUGGCAGCGAUCUCCGCCGCCGCGCUAGCCGCUAUCACCGUCUGCGUAGUCGUGUUGAGGACCAUUUUAUGUUACGCUGUUCAAGAGAACUGCGAAGGUUAAGAAGAAUUAGUUUAGUGAGGAUUAUUAGUGAUUUGAUGACUGGGUGUUUGUGUGUUGUGUGUAUGGAGAGAAUAGUGUAGGUACAGGGAAACAAAAGUUGUUCAGAAUUAAAAGGUUUACGUACCCAUUUUUGUUCAACAUCCUGUUAUAGGAGUAUAAUAGGAGUCUAAUACAAAAGUACUUACAUGAAUUACCUACGUACUGGUACUGGUUAAUUUUCAGUUCUAUUAUUAAAUUUUUAAUACCUACCUAUUUUU